CAACUUUCUUUCCCAUAAACUCCCUAAACCCCCCCCAACACCUCCCCCACUCCUUCUCUUCCUCUCACUUCGACCUCCCUCCAUAAACUCCCCUCCCCCCAUAAUACCCGCCAUCCCCCCUCCAAAACCCGCCAUCCGUACUCGCUCCUCAAUUCAUUCUCUAGCUUCGGCCCGUCUUUGGCAUUUGCUUGCUUAGUCUAACUUUUCUCCCGGACGAAUACAAACCACUACUACUACUUGCUUAUCCACCAACCGAAAACCAAACAAAACCAAACCCGUCGAAUUUUCGCCCAUCAUGGAGCCCGCUCUGAAGCACUCGACCAAGGUCUGCCCGUUCCUCAAGAAGACGUCCAUGAGCACCCUCCGCGCCCUUUCCACGUCCACGUCCGUCUCCAGCAGCGGUGGCGCUAUGUCGAACCUCCGAAUCGUCGCCGAGCGCUGCCCCAUCAUGUCGCAGGCUAUGGCCGUCCAGAGCGUCGGCCGUGGCUCGACCAUGAACUCGGCCUUCAGACGCUCCUCGGCCGCCAUGUUCGGCCUCGGCCUUCAGCAGCAGAAGCGCUCGUACGUCGUGCCGAGCAAGCCCAGCGCUUUCGGCACCACCAACACCAGGUCUGCCGAGGCUGCCGAUGUGUCUGAGGUCCAUAGAAGGGCUGGCGUUAUCGACACCUCAAAGGGGAUUUGUCCUCAUGGUUCUGCCGCCAUGAACGCCGCGAAAAUUGCCGAUGCCUUUUUACCUGCUAAGGGCACUCGAGUCACCCUUCCCACCAGCGCCCGCAAGACGACCAGCAACGUCUGCACUGCAAAGUUCGAUUACGAGGCUUUCUACUCGUACGAAUUGGAGAAGAAGCACAAGGACAAGAGUUACAGAUAUUUCAACAACAUCAACCGUCUCGCCAAUGCUUUCCCCCAAGCACAUCUGGAGGACCCCAGCCAACUAGUCACGGCAUGGUGUAGCAACGAUUAUCUUGGUAUGGGAAGGAACCCGGAGGUCCUCAAGGCGAUGCACGAGACAUUAGAUACGUAUGGAGCUGGUGCCGGAGGAACUCGAAACAUCUCGGGACACAACAAGCAUGCGAUCCAACUCGAAGCCACGCUUGCCAAACUGCAUGCGAAGCCCGCGGCGUUGGUGUUCUCGUCGUGCUACGUGGCGAACGAUGCGACGCUGGCGACCCUCGGUUCGAAACUGCCCGAUUGUGUGAUCCUGUCCGACUCGUUGAACCACGCUUCGAUGAUUCAGGGAAUCCGCCAUUCGGGAGCCAAGAAGAUGGUGUUCCGUCACAAUGAUCUGGAGCACCUCGAGUCGCAGCUCGCGUCGCUACCCCUCCAUGUUCCCAAGAUCAUUGCCUUUGAGUCCGUCUACUCCAUGUGCGGAUCCAUCGGCCCGAUCGCCGAGAUCUGUGACCUCGCCGAUAAGUACGGUGCGAUCACCUUCUUGGAUGAGGUGCACGCUGUUGGAAUGUAUGGACCACACGGUGCCGGUGUUGCUGAGCAUCUCGACUGGGAGGCUCAUGCUACUGGUAACCACGAGGGAACCAUCAUGGACCGCAUCGACAUCAUCACCGGUACCCUCGGAAAGGCAUACGGUUGUGUCGGUGGUUACAUUGCCGGAUCCUCCAAGUUCGUCGACGCCAUCCGUUCCUUGGCCCCCGGUUUCAUCUUCACCACUUCGCUCCCCCCAGCCACCAUGUCCGGUGCCGCGGCCGCGAUCGAGUACCAGUACAACUACAACGGCGACCGCCACCUGCAGCAACACCACGUGCGCAUCGUCAAGUCCGAGCUCGAGGCCCGCGACUUCCCCGUGAUCCCCAACCCCUCACACAUCGUCCCGGUCCUGGUCGGUAAUGCCGAGCAGGCCCGCGCGGCCAGCGACAUGCUCCUGAACAAGCACGGCAUCUACGUCCAAGCGAUCAACUACCCGACCGUGCCCAAGGGACAGGAGCGUCUACGCAUCACCCCCACCCCCGGCCACACCGAGGUCUUCCAGCAGCAGCUUUACGCGGCCCUCGACGACGUCUGGCAGACCCUCGAGCUCAAGCGCACUUCUGACUGGGCUCGCGAGGGCGGGCUCUGCGGAGUCGGCCAGGUCACCGAUGUCGAGCCCAUCUGGACCGACGAACAGCUGAGUCUUGAGGCUUCCAACACCACCAACACCAACACCACUACCACCACUCUUGCUGCUGCCGCCGCCGCCGCGCCCGUCGUCAUCAAGGCCGGCCGCGCCGGCAUAGCUGUCGACGAGAUCCUCGAGAAGGAGCUCAGUCGCUCCAGCGGAAUCGUUGCUUAAUGAAUCAACUGCCAUUUGCUCUUGUUGAUUGUUCUUUGGCGACUGUUGUGUUGUGUUGCGUGUGUUGCGUGUUUUUAGGCUAGGCUAGGAAUUGGAUCUGGGAAUUUUUUGUGUGUGUGCAAUUGGAUCAUCUCUACUACUGUGGCACCGUUUUUGGCGAUUUUUUGAGAUCUUUGUUAUGUCGGGCCGUAUAGUCCGCAUGGUUUAUUCUUCUGUUCUGUUCCGUAAAGAAGUAGAGAAGUAGAGUAGAUGGAUGGAGGUCGAAGAAUCAUUUUCUGC